GAGACGGGGUAUGAUUCAGUUAAUUAGGGCACUCCACUUUGUUUUCCUUCGCCCCCGCUCAGCUACGAUCAGCACCUGAUUGCUCCCGCUGAUUUCGCGCCUGAUCGAGCUCUGCAAUCGCCUUUUUUCGCCCGAAGUCUUUAUCAUUUCCAGCUUGUUUUUCUCCGGUGAUUAGUGUUUUCCCCAUUGUUUGAAAUACUUUUUUCUUCGUUUUAAAUUAAUUUAAAUUUAGUGCCGGACUUUUUCAUCAUUCCGCAUUGACUUUUUUCCAGAUCAACUUUGCCGUUUUUUUCCUUUCCCGCCUGUGAAUUGAUUAAACCUGUGAAAAUACCGAGUUUUUCCGCGAUUCCGAAUCCAAUAUUGUCGAUCGCCUUUCCCUUUCAUUCGUCUCGAAGUUCGAAAGUUUUCAAGAUCGGUGCGUGCCAAAAUCUCUUUCGCAACUUCUUAUGAUAUUGUGUUGGCUCCAGCGUAUCCACGAAUUGUUAUCAGUUUAAUUUUCUCCGAGAUUGGCGCAUAUUUCGUCGAAUUUCGAUAUCUUAUUUCCCUCGGUCAGUUUUAGUAUACAUGACGUCAAAACUGGUGCGUAUGUUAAACUUUCCUCGCCGUUUCGCGCUAAAUUGAUUUUGACUUUGACUUUCUUGAAUGUUUCCAUUCUCUUGGUGUUUCCUUUGUGUUUGUGAUUAAUUUUUUCAAAGUAUAAUAGUCGAAAAACUUUGCGUUUUGUGCCUACUCUACAUUCCGCCAGCGAUGAAUCAAGUUAUGAGUUACAACAGUUACAACCCGAUCAUCAACCCGAUGAGUAACACGUACAGUCCACCCGUCACCCCUACUCGCCCUUGUGACCUCUCGUACUUCCCAACUGGACCCAGAUCUGAUUUCGGCAUAUCCUUCGACGGUCAGGCGCAAUACGGCGAAACUCUGUCAAAGUGGGUGCCAGAUCCGAGCCCGAACGAGAAACGACACAAGAACUACCCGACCCCGAUGACGUCAGAGGACAAGCCGAUGUGCGGGUCCCUGUACGGCGAGCCCUCGCCCAUCUUCGGGGAGGCCAAGUUCGGCGGGCCCUCCAGCUCCGAGAUGGACGAAUCCGAGGGCUACGACGAGGCCAAGUUCACCGACUCCAACAACAGCAACCUCGAGUUCGCCGACUCCCCCGAGUUCGACAGGAGUCGCCCCGACGAGACCUACGACGAGAAGUACGCCGUCAGGAUCAACAACAACAACAAUCUCGAGUACGACAAGCGGGUCUAUCAAUCCGACAGGUACGUGAGCCCAACAGACGACUACUUCCAAGCGAACUUCACCUACACGCCGCACCCGCACGUGGCGCCCAAACUGGAGAUCUACGACAUGGACCGGGAGCUGGACCCCUACGCCGCGGCCUCCUCGCAGCUCUACCCGCAGCCAAGCGGGGCGGUGUCCUUGGUGGGGGCCCCUGGGGCCCUCCAGAUCCUCGACGGACCGCCGCCCCCGCGGAAGCGCAACACGGCCAACAAGAAAGAAAGGAAGCGGACCCUGACGCUCAACAAGGCCUUCUCCCUCCUCCGGGCAUGCAUCCCCAACGUCCCGACGGACACGAAGCUCUCCAAGAUCAAGACCCUCAAGCUGGCCAAGGAGUACAUCAUCUUCCUCCUCGAGACCCUCAAAAGCUCCGACCCCAAGGCCUGGGCCGAGGGCUUCAAGGCAGACAAGGCCCUCUACUCCCCCCGCAAGAGCCAGCAGUUCAAGACCACGCUCAAGGCAUACAAUGAAAAUACUGAUGCGAAUCAAGUAACAGAGGCUCGAAAAUCCAAAGGGCGCACUGGCUGGCCUCAAGACGUAUGGGCUUACGAACUGAAGCCCCAACAAUUCUCUUCACCACCUCCCGUCAGAAUUUAAGGGAUGUUAAAUACCGCUGGAUCCCAAAAAUUUACUCUGUACCGCAAAGUUACCCGUGCAUUGUCAUAGUCUGUGAACCAAAAGAAUUACAAAAUAUUUUAGUGUUUAGGUGACAAGGCAAAACUUUAAUCCACGACUUUUCUGUUCAUCAUGCACAAAUGGUGGAGCGUGCAAUAUUUUGCCAGUUAUGUAAAUAAUCAGCAGCUUGUAAAAAUCUUCGUUUAAUGGUUUCUGUAAAUAAAUGUUAAUCGAAUCAUUAAGUUCAAAUUCUACGA